AUGCAACUCACAGCAUCAAUCUAAGUGUUGUUUUGGAGAGCUAAGUGCCCAUUGCCUGACGAUGGGGACUAUGAAACCUCUGAGGCAUUGGCCUCACCUGCUGUUCCCGGCGGUGGUGAUUUGCCUCAUUGCCACUACCGUCGUUGUUGCUCAAGACGAUGAAGAGUUGUUACCUAUCAAAAAGCCUCAACUCGGUCAAAUUGAGUUACAUAAGCAUCAACAUCCCAAACAUUUUCCACCUAACCAUUAUCACCCUACACCCCCACCUUCCCCAAAAUAUCGCCACUACCCCAAGCCAUUGCCUCCCAAGUAUAAGCACCCCAAGUCACCACCACCAUCCUAUGUUUAUAAGUCUCCACCACCACCAACUUCUUAUGUCUACAGGUCUCCGUCACCGCCAACUUACGUCUACAAAUCUCCACCACCGCCACCCUACAUUUACAAGUCUCCACCUCCACCACCAUACGUCUACAAGUCUCCUCCACCACCUCCCUAUGUCUACAAGUCUCCUCCCCCUCCUUAUAUCUAUAAGUCACCACCUCCACCGUCUCCAUCUCCAUCUCCUCCCCCUCCUUAUAUUUAUAAAUCACCACCUCCACCGUCUCCAUCACCACCUCCUCCAUAUAUUUAUAAAUCUCCACCUCCACCGUCUCCAUCACCUCCUCCACCUUAUUAUUAUAAGUCACCUCCACCCCCCUCUCCAUCACCCCCACCACCUUACUAUUACAAGUCCCCUCCACCUCCAUUGAAAUCCCCACCACCCCCUUAUUACUAUAAAUCUCCUCCACCACCAUCUUCACCACCACCAUCUUACUAUUACAAGUCUCCUCCACCUCCAUUGAAAUCUCCCCCUCCACUGUAUUAUUAUAAAUCUCCACCACCGCCAUCUCCAUCACCACCUCCCCCAUAUGUUUACAAAUCUCCUCCUCCACCGUCCCCGUCACCACCACCUCCUUACUAUUACAAGUCCCCUCCACCUCCAUUGAAAUCUCCUCCUCCACCAUAUUAUUAUAAAUCUCCACCACCACCAUCUCCAUCACCACCUCCCCCAUAUGUUUACAAAUCUCCUCCUCCACCGUCCCCAUCACCACCACCUCCUUACUAUUACAAGUCCCCUCCACCUCCGUUGAAAUCUCCCCCUCUGCCAUAUUACUAUAAAUCUCCACCACCGUCAUCUCCAUCACCACCUCCUCCAUAUAUUUACAAAUCUCCUCCUCCACCAUCUCCAUCACCACCACCUCCUUACUAUUACAAGUCCCCUCCACCUCCAUUGAAAUCUCCCCCUCCCCCAUAUUAUUAUAAAUCUCCACCGCCGCCAUCUCCAUCACCACCUCCUCCAUAUAUUUACAAAUCUCCACCUCCAUCAUCUCCAUCACCUCCCCCACCUUAUUAUUAUAAGUCACCUCCACCCCCGUCUUCGUCACCACCACCUCCUUAUUACUACAAGUCACCUCCUCCACCGUAUUAAAUCCAAACAUCAUCAACACUAUAGUGCAACUCGUCCCCACUUCCAAAAGCACUAAGUGAUGACAUUUCUAUUAUAUUAAAUUGCAUGAAUAACAUUAGCCAACUUCCUAUGCAUACGGUGAAGUUGAAGCCAAUCAAUUUCUUCAAAGAUGUGAUUGUCACUCGAGCUCUCGCUAGUAAAUCAUUCGGAAAGAAUCGUCAUAUUAUUUUUUGGCAUCCAAGAUCCAGAUGCUAAAGAUUUGAAUUCUAUCAAUUGUUGUAUUUGAUUUUACAUUAUACUCUGCAAUGCAAAUUCAUUGUUUUCUAGUUUG